GGGCGCGACUAGGUGCCCCUGUGCCCCUGGCCUAUUAGUAAGCUCCUAGUAUUGGUAGAGAUAAGCUUUAGAGCUCCCAGAAAUAGCAUAAGGGUUAGUUAUUCACACAUGUUCGCCAACCAAGCGGAAACCAAACAGGUGCUCUUAGAGACGUCCCUCGCGCUCCUCAACUCCUCCUGGCUCAUCAUCUACCACGCCUGCCACUGCGACCGGUUAAACAUCUGGGAAUGUGAUGCCCCAAUAGGGGCCAACCACUGGUGCAUCGGCCAAGACAUCUCCAACGACUUCAAUCUCGUCGGUCUGCGCGAAGGGUACUACAACGGCGUCCUCACGAUGAUCGACCACGCGAUCCCCUCAGAAAUAUUCCGGCCCAAGCCACUGCAAUGACUACGACAUGUUGGUCGUCGCUCCAAACAGUGGCAGCGACCAGCUCGUUGGCAAGGGUGCCUCGACCGGCGAGUAUCGCCCAUACUUCAGUCCCUGGGCCAUGGUCGCUUCGCCACUCCUCAUCGGCCCCGAAGUGCGGGGAAUGGACAACCAGUCCCUCAACCCUCACGAACAAAGAAAUCAUCGCUAUAAACCAAGAUCCACUCGGUCAGUGGGGGAAGUUGGAAGGCUCGGGGUAUAAUGGAACGUUGCAGAACUACGCGAAGAAUUUGUCAGAUGGGAGCGUUGCUGAGUUGGGGCAGCAUGACGGCCGCGAUGGCGAUGCUUCCGCCGAGUUGCAAGAAGUGGAAGAAAUGGAGGGCGAGGGAUCUUUGGGUGCAUAAGGAUAUGGUGACGUGGAAUGGCAUGCAUUGGGUUGAGGUUAUGAGUCAUGAGGUGAAGAUGUUGAGGUUGUGGCCUGUUUAGGUCACUCGAUUGACCAGCUAUCACGCUGGUUGCAGGUAUAAUAGGAGU